AGAAAAAAGGCAUAUUUCCAACAGUUUCUUUUCCCUUGUAACUUAUUUUUAGAGCAAUGUCCACCACUGUAGAUAAAGAAGCGAAGCCCGCUGUUGACAUGGAAUUACUUUCCAAGAAGACAUUGGAAGAGACUACCUUUGCUGAUCUUGGUGUCUCUCCUCAAUUAUGUGAAGCUAUUGAAAAAAUGAAGUUCACACAUCCUACCGAGAUUCAAAAGGAGUCCAUUCCUUGGGCUAUUGAAGGUCGUGAUAUUAUUGGUCUUGCCCAGACAGGUUCUGGUAAAACCGCAGCUUUUGCUAUCCCCAUUAUUCAAAGACUUUGGGAUAACCCUCAAGCAUUCUAUGCUUGUGUCUUGGCUCCUACCAGAGAAUUGGCUUACCAAAUCGCAGAAACUUUUGAGUCCCUCGGUACAGUGAUUGGCGUUCGUUCAGCAGUUAUUGUGGGUGGCAUGGAUAUGAUGUCUCAAUCCAUUGCACUUUCCAAGCGUCCUCAUAUCCUUGUGUGUACACCCGGUCGUCUUCAAGAUCAUUUAGAAAACACCAAAGGUUUCAGUUUAAAGAGUUUGAAGUACCUUGUUAUGGAUGAAGCAGAUCGUUUAUUAGAUAUGGAUUUUGGACCCAAGAUUGAUCAGAUUCUCAAGGUGAUUCCUCGUGAGCGUAACACAUUCUUGUUCUCUGCUACUAUGACGACCAAGGUUGCAAAGCUUCAAAGAGCCAGUUUAAACAAGCCUGUCAAGGUGGAAGUUGCCAGCAAAUAUUCUACUGUCAAGACACUUUUACAAUACUAUCUCUUCUUCCCUCUCAAGCAUAAGGAUUGUUACAUGGUCUAUCUUUUGAAUGAGCUUGCCGGCAAUUCUACAAUUAUUUUCACACGUACAUGUCACGAUACUCAAAAGAUUGCCAUCAUGUUGAGAAAUCUUGGUUUUGGAGCUGUGCCUCUUCAUGGUCAAUUGCCUCAAGCUAAGCGUUUGGGUGCCCUUAAUAAAUUUAAGGCCGGUACACGUAAUAUCUUGGUUGCCACCGAUGUUGCAAGUAGAGGUAUCGAUAUUCCCAUGGUCGAUGUCGUAAUUAAUUACGAUGUGCCUCAAUCAUCCAAAGAUUAUAUCCAUCGUGUCGGCCGUACUGCAAGAGCAGGUCGAUCCGGAAAGUCCGUUACCUUUGUCACCCAGUAUGAUGUCGAAUUAAUUCAACGUAUCGAAAAGGAUUUGGAUCACAAGUUAGAUGUGUUCCCCGUUGAAAAGGAUGAAGUGAUGAUGUUACAGGAACGUGUUGAUGAAGCUCAACGUAUCGCCACAAUCGAAUUAAGAGAGACUGAUAACGGUAAAAAGUCCAAGCGUGGAUCUCGCAAGGACGAUGACGAUGACGAUGAUCUCGAUAAGGAAGAAAGAACUGGUGCUCAAGCAAAGAGAAAAUAUAAGGGAGAUAACAAGAAAGGUGGAAAUACCAACAACAAUAAUAAAGGAGGCAACAAGAGACGCCAAUAAUAAUUUUGACAUUAAUAAAAAAAAUAGAAUUUGUAUAGUAUUAUGGGGGAUAUAAAU